UGAGUGAGAAAAGGGUAUCUGAGGAAACUGGGUGGAGUUGUGAGGGGGUGUUAUGGCUUGUCUCUUUCACUUUCUUUGUUUCUUUUGUUUUUUGGGUACUGUAAGGAUCACAUGGCUGCUUAACCCACGACUUGACUCUUUAACUGGACAACAUGAAGAGGAGGUGAUAACUCAUUUCCUGAGAGAUGUUCAUCCUGUGGGCCCUGAGGUGAGACUGUCUUGGACUGAAGUGUAUAUGCCUGUGAGACGUUGUCAUACAGUCUUGAAGAGCAAGAUGGGAGAAUUCUCUCUUCCAGCGUAUCAGCACCGUUUUCCUGAAAAUAUCUGGUGCAAUUGGACCAUCUGGGCUGGUCCCAGAAACCACAUUCUUAUUUACAUCUGGGGAUUUGGAGGAAACACUGACUGCGAGAAAAAUACAGAUAAGAUUGUAUUUCAAGGGGUGGCCUCUGUUGUAGAAAAUGCCAUCGCCUACGCUUGUUGGAACAAGGAAGUCCACGUUUUUGCUACUCAAGCUUCAGCUGUCCAUGUGGUCUUACUGUCCAAGAACUACUUCCAGAAGCGUGGGCCCCAGCGCUUUAAAGCAAAGUAUUUCGUAUUUCCAGACCCUGGCAUUACAACUGCAGAAAAAGGUGAAGCAUCUCAAGUCCCACUUCAAGAGAAACCUGGUCCGAGGACUGCUGAGCAGAAGAUUUCAUAUUCUGCUGGUAAUCGCUCCCAGGCUCCUUUGAGCUUGCACACCAGCCUAACUUCAAGAAACCAUAUUCAGGCCUCCCCUCUUCUCAUUCCAGAGCUGGCAUCAACGUGGGGAAAAGCUAAAGAAAUCCAGGCCUGGGGUACUACCCACCGUGCAGCUCUGACCACCCCAGGUGCUUCCCUCUCCAAAUCCAAGGUUGCUGACACAGCUUCUUCUCUGGCUUCCCAGCCACUAUGUCACUUAGGGGAAGGUCAAUCUUCUGAAACCUUUGGCAGGACCACAGCCAACUUGAAUGUUUGGGAGAAAAAUGCACAAAGAGGAAGAAGCAUUCUGCCACUUUGUUCCAGUGCACUGUCACAGACCACCUUGCUAAGCACUCAUCUUCUGAGGUCCACAGAGUCCUCUGGGAUGGGAGAUUGGACCAAAUGGCUUGAAAUUGGAAGACCAGAGAAUGUAGUUGAAUACGGAUUGACCCCUCCUAAAGGUGUGAUACUGAACAUAAGGCCCAGUCCUUUCACCCUCUUUGCUUCAACUAACUAUCUGGGGGCAAGACUUCCGGAAAGAGCAGUAUCCUGGGAAGAAGAGAAGAUGCUGACCACCCUUUUCAAGUCUCAGGGAGGUGCUCCCUGGGAGGAGGUGGAGGAUAUGCAGACUUAUGAAGUAAUGGGCCAUUUCCCCAGACAAUCAGCAGGGAGCUCUCUACCCAUCAUCUCCUUGAUUAAUGUAGUUCCAGAGGCUCUCCAGAGUGAACUCUACAGUAUUCCUGGGACAGGAGUCGUGGACACCAUAGGCCUUCCACUUCAGAUGACUAAUUAUGUGACUGUUCCAGAUGACCUGCUUCUGGAGCCAUCUGCAGCUCUUGAAACUGUUGAAAAUUCUGCUGUUGACAUGUUUAUUUGGAUAGAGUCUAGCCAAACUACUGAAAUGGGUCUGUCUUUGGACACCACACCUUUAUUAGACACACCUCAGCGACAGACAGGUUGCCAUACAAUCUCAAUAAGCCCCACUGUGGGAAUAUCUGUAGCCAGCCUUGAGCCAUCUUUUCCUUCCUUCAGCUCCAAGGAUAGCCUGAAUUAUGAUGUGCCCUCUGAAUGGCUCCCCCCAAGUCACAGAGGAGGGGAAACUGAAACAGACCUGAUGUCUGUCCUUCCAAGUAUGGCAAGACCCUUCCACCUUCCUACCCAACCAGAGAGUACAUUGGAAAUCAAGAUGAUCCCCACCCUUUACCUUGGGGAGGGUACAAACCUAGAUACUGAGUGGCUUCCCCAAAGCACAGCUGUUCUUUCUCAGUUAGUUAGUCUCAAGGAGAGGGUAAAAGCUGAGAGAACUCUGGUCCCUCCCACUGCUUACCCUGAAUUUAAUGUGUCCCUUGUGCCUUCAUUCCUAGCUUCCCAAAUGGAAUGGGAGUGGUCCUUUCAGUUGCCAGUUAGUCCUGUGGAGACCAGAAGAGGGACUGAGUCUGCGCUAACCUUCCCAGGUCCAAGACAGCCCCUGACUGCUUCAGAAUUUCCCAUCAAUCUCCAUCCAGGCCUUCUUAAAACAGAUCUGGAGCAUGUAUCCCAUAAUUUAGUGGUGGCUCCCAUGGAAAGCCUGCUUGAAGCCAAGCUAACAUCCUGCCUCCCAACGAGUUGCCCUGUACCUACAAUAGGAAAGAAAGUCCUCAGCGUAGGUGAAGUGAGGCCCCUGCUACCAGCUGCUCGAAACAUCCUGGAUAAGACUUUUCUUCUGACACCCAUUCUCAAGGAAGCAGAAAGUACAUGGGAGGUGACCCCAGAUGAACCUGGAGCUGGUUUAAGGAAUCUCUUUUUUAGUCCGUCAGGAGUGGGGAGCCUUGAUGAGGGAUUACAGAGUGCUUCUCAGCUGGCUCCAGGACUCAGCCUUUCAGAAGCCAUAGAUACCUCUCCACUGAGCAAGUCCUGCUCAGGAUCAGAGGCCUGCACCAAUAUGGCUCCUCUCUCUGCCCACAUUGGAGAGAGCCACCACAAGCCUAGAGGUACAUCAUUGAGAAACCAUCUGGGAACCAACAGGCUCCAGGCUGAGAUCCAGAGUGGUGAGGGGACCCAAGUGCAGACUCUGAGGUUUCCCAGCUCUAUGAUGCAGAAAGCAUGUGGGUGGAGAGACUGCCUGCUGAACUUAUCCACUCACCCACUGGGACAUAAGGGGGAUCAGACUGUAUGUUUUGCUGCAGUGCCGUUGCCAGUUUUCUCUGAAAACAUGUUCCCUUUGGAAACAGAAACUCUUCCCAGCCACUUGGAGGUGCAGCAAGCUGGGGUCAUUGAAGUUCUCCCUAUAAGAAGUUGCCAUGUGGUUUUGCUGGAUGCAGUUGGAGAAUUUUCCCUGUCUGGGAGUCUCAACCACCUUCAAGUCAACAUCUGGUGCAACUGGACCAUCUGGGCAGGUCCUGGGAAGCACAUCGUAGUAUAUGUCAAAGGGUUUGGGGUGUCUGAGAGCUGUGGAGAGAACCAGGACAUUCUGGUGUUUCAGGGUGUCUUUUCGAGUGUGGAGAGGAAAGCUGCCUGUGCCUGUGAGACUCAGGGGACUCUGACCUUUGCUUCCCAGGCUUGGGCUGUCCAUAUCCUACUCUUCUCCAUGGGCUCUUCUCCCGGCCAUGCCAGCCGGUACUUCCACGCCCAGUAUUAUGUGUUCCCAGAUCCGGAGGCAGAAGAACUUCCUAGAUGUGCCUCUGUCUCUCAUGCUGACCUUGAUCAUGCGAGGACUCGUGCUAAACCAGGUGGAUGGCAGCAGCCUGCUAACACCUUGACAUGGAGAAAUGAUGGGCUGAGCUAUAGAGACCAACUGGUAAAAGAGUUGCCCCAGCUGAAUGACAAGGAGGAAUUGUGGGUUCCCGAGAGCAAUGGCAUCCUGGAUGACGAAGGUGUUCCACGCCUCCUCCGACCACUGAGGCCUCAGGGGCUGGCCUUAAAGGAGCAAAGCCCAAUGGCCCAAAGCUUGUUGAGGCCAACAGAAAGUGAAAAGCAUUCUGGAGGUGAAGACUCUAUGACCCUAAUGAGUAUCCCAGCCUCAAAUCUCUCCCAGUGGGAAAAGCUGGAGAAUAAAGCUGUCAAUCCUGGCGUGACUAUACCCUUCCCAGGACAUCCCUCCAGGACCCUUUCUCUAACUGAUCUGCUCUCCCUCCAGAUCCCAGUGCCUGAAGCUAUUCCCAAAGUGGGCACCCAGGUGAGACUAGCACAACAAAUAAGUGGGCCUGAAGCCGCUUUGAGGACUGUAGAGGUAGGAGACCAAGGGUUGAUUAGGAGACUUGCUCUAACUAAGACCUCUGCCCUUUAUUCAUCCUCAUCCACCGUGGCUCCAGGGGGCCUCUCGGAAGGGCUAAGAGUUCAUCCCUCCCAAGUUUCCAGCAGGGGAGUGCUCUCAAAAAGGGAAAAGAUCCCAACAACGAGCUCUGGGGCAGCUGAGUGCGUGACUGGCCCCUUUACUGAUGUUGAAGAGAAACAGCUGACCUUGACGGCUGGUGGACAAGAAUCAGGCAAUGGUGAGACCCCUGACAGUGGAAGUAAUACUGCCCAACCCAGUCCCAGGGGAGAAACAGAAGAUGGAUCAGGUGUACAGCUGUCUGGCACUCUGGGAAGCAUCCAAUGUCUUCAUGUAGAGCCCUUGGAUCUGGAAACCUCUAGGAUUGAUCUAAUCACAAAUAAUCUCCCUUCAGGAAUGUCUGUUAGUACCCCCCAGGCUGUUUCUACAACAGUCCAACAUGAAGCUGGGCAGGACCAGGACCCCAAAUCUGAAAUCUCUCCCUCCCCUGGUGUAGGGGUGAAGAAUGUGGCCCCUAAUCAUUUUCCUGGACAUACAGCUGCAGUAACUCUCUUCCCAGAUCUUGGGAAUGGCUCCAUCUUAGAGUCGCCACACAAUCCUGGAGAUGUCUUGUUCGAAGUUGUUGUUGAAAUGGAACACCAAGCACGGUUGCCAGUGGGUGAGUUUGGAGUGGAGAAAUCCCUGGUGGAAUCCAUAAAGCAGAAGAUCUCCAAGAACCUGAAGUUUCUGUCUCACAAGGUUGAUGAGAUGAAACUAAUGGAGAUUAAAAGAAGAGAUGCUGCCAAUGUCUCCCUCACAUUCUGGCUGCACCUAAGAGCUGGGAAGAGGAACAGGUCUGACUCUCUGCUUUCCCAACUACGUGUGCUGGCUGGCCAUGGUCUACACAACCAACUGAAGGUGCUCAUUGGCCACUCAUUAGGGACUCGACUAAAGCUAAAGUCCCUCACCAUUGAAGAUGUGAACGAAUGCAAGAUUGGUUUAGAGAUAUGUGGUGAUGAGGCCGAAUGCUUGAAUGGAGUCGGCACUUACUUAUGUCGCUGCAAAGAAGGGUUUGAAGACUAUUCUCCUCUGCAGACUGGCACCUUAUGCGUCUAUGCUCCACAGUCAGGGAUUGGAUUUCUCUUCAGCUACUUGGAUGUUGUAGUAGGUGCUGUUGUGUUCGCUACCAUCCUGUUGAUGUUGCUCAUAGGAAUUCUAUGGCUGUUAACUAAAGCCAGAGCUGAGGAAGGUGUCUUGAGUCUCCAGGAAGAGGUGGCCACACCUGAGAGCCCACUUCCGACACCACUGGCCCAGGCAGAACCUUCUAUUGACCUGAGACUGCUCAGUGGACACCCAGCUUUCAGCCCCUACCAGCCGAAGCUCCGAGCUAAAGUUUCAGACUGGGCAUUGGCACAAAGAGCCUAUCCAAGUGAAGGCUUUCAUGUGUCUGUGGAAAGAUCCCAGUGUCUGUAACAGGGGAUGGAGGCAUCUUCUUGGCAGUAAGAUACCACUCUCAGGACUUCCUGUUACAGAUGAGAUGUAGCAUUCGCUGGCAUGGACUGUUAAUCCCACUUCCCUCACUGCUGCUGAUCUUGGGCAGGAAUAACCCUGGUUCUAGCCAUGCUCCUGCCUUCCCUCUGAGGGGCUGCCCUGGCUCUUUGCUCAGGACUCUGGCUGGAGCAAGAAAAGUGGUGUAGACAAAGAUCUUAUAUGUUAAUGUAACUGAUGUAAUGAGCACGUGUGCAAUCCAAUUGACCAAGAAGCUAUGUCUGUGGCACACAUAUAUGGGUCCUGGGUGGAACCUGGGAAAAGAGAUGUCUUUUCAAACCUGGAGGGAGGCUGGUGCAAUUAUUUCUCGUUGCUCACAAGUGAGUAAACUAUAACUAUCCCUAUGCAAUGGCUACUCAGUCUCUCCCAUACCACGUUGAAAUCUGUUGUCUCUCUCUUCUUUCUCUUUCCCCUCCCCUUCCUGGAUAGGAGAAAAGUUAAUGCUUCUAAUUCCUAUGGGUGGGGGUUGCUGUAAGUGUCAGUUAAGGUUGCUUCACUUUUCCUCAUCUAGGAAGGUUGGGGAUGGAUCUGUGGUUCACUUAAGUUAUUCUCAGGGGCGACUGUGUGCCUCCCUUACUCCUGGGAUGCAAGUGUUUUUUAAGCAGUUGUAACUGAUAGGGCAAAACUCAGUUUCUAGAAGUGGUUCUCCUGUGGGGAAAGCUCUCUUUAUUAUUGACCCCCAAAUAAAAUAAAGCAGAUUUCUCUUUUAAAAACGACCUAUCUUUGUUCUAAGCUCUGCUCUAGCCCAGGCUCUAUGUGCCGCUUCUUUAAGGGCUGGCUUCAGACUUUGGGGUGGCUGAGUUGGAGAUGCCCAUUCAUCCCUUCCAUGCUGUCCAAUCUCAUCCUGGUACCCUGCAUCCACAUAUAGAGCACUCUGUGAUGUCACCAUGGGUUCCUUGUACUGUACCAUGGUACUGUACAUGUAGCAUGUAUUGUAAUGUCAUGCAAAAGCCUCUUCAAACCCCUGUGUGCAGAAGGGAGAGUGUUGCAUGGCUCACCCCCAAUCUGCCAGAACUCUUGUGUUACCCUCCCCCCAUACCCAAUUAAUACAAAGA